AUGCAGGAUGAGAGAGGAAUAAUAGGAGGAGAGAUUUCUUACGGGCGGGAGGACCAACGAUUGUGGAAAGGGGUGCCGGAGAAGUCUGUUGUGGCCGUCGAGAUUGCACUGGACCUUUGCAGCGCCCAUGUCGCCUCCAGAUCGCUGCCGCCCCUCUCGUACGACCCCCUCACCCCCCAAUUUUCUUUCCCCCGUCUCGGUUUUCUCCCCCUGGCCUGCUCCUCACGCCGGCAUCCCGCGCCGCCGCUGCCGAGUGCUCCUCACGCCGGCGUCUCGCGCCGUCGUCCAAAACAACACCACCAUGGAUCCCGAUGUGGAGCUCCACUGCGGCCCGAUCUGACCUGGGAGCGACCAGAUCCGUCCGUCUUCGCCUCGCUCUGCGCGCCUCCAUGGUCCGCCGUCUUCCCGAGCGCCGGCCCGCGCUCAGCCGCCGUCGUCCCAUGCCAUGGUCGCCUCCCUCUAGAACGAUGUGCCAUGGCCGCCUCCCUGGCUCUAUCCGACAGCUCCGUUGGGGAAGCACCAAGAUCCAAACUCCAAGUAUUCGUGGAUACAGGGAACAGUUAUGGUACAAAUAGACUUGAUUGUACUGAUAAUUUUCAGCUUGCACAUGGAUCCCUUAUAGUAUGCAAUCAAGCUUGAUGAUAAAUUCUUGGAGAGACGCUAGGUGCCAGGUAAGGUGACCCAAGACUAUUGCUUUCAGUUAUUCAAUGGUGUUCAUAUGGCAUAUUGCUAUCAGAUAUGCCAUUGCCUGCAGCGGCAAGCUUGAAUUGGUAAGAUGGAUGGGGGGAGAAAAAGAGUCAUUUAACGUAAUUUUGAUUACCGAUGCCUGUAUGAGCAGCUGCUCACUGUGCGCAUGGGAGAGGAGGUCAUGCGUGGAGGCUACUCGGAGAGGACUGGAUGCAUGUCCGUGUCCGCGCACUUGGAGCAGCAGCCAAUGGAUGGUUGGCCAGAGGAGGACCAGGGUCAGUUUAGAUUUUCUCCGUUUGCCUUGCUAUUUUCUACAAAUUUAUUGGCUUGACCUGAGAUUGAUUAGUCCCUAGCAUGUAGUGUCCACCUUCUUCUUAGUUUACAUACAGUUGGAGACUGGUGUCUUUUCAUCUUUUUGUGCAGUAUGAUUUCAUGUCUCUUAUUUUGGUAUGUACAUUAAAGCGCAACUGUGUGUUACUAAAGAACUUUAUGCAGUCGGUGAUUCAGUUAGAUUCUUUCCUUAGAAAAAUACAGAUAUAUAUUUUGCAAAAGAAUUUAUUACCAGAAGAAGCUCUUGAGAUUGUGAUGCAUAUUAGACAUUAAUUUCUAAAACUUAGGCUUUCCUAGGACAAAGCUAGGGGAAUUAGGCGGGAGUCACCUUUCAUUGACCAGUUAGGAGGAUUCUAAAGUUCCAUGCUCCAAACAAAUUUGGAGGAAUGGAGGAUACUCAAGCUUCCUGUUUUUCAUGAUUAUCAAAAUCCUAGCAAACGAUAGUCUAGGAAAGCAGACGGAUUGGACUUAUUACGUGUGGUUUAAAGUUUGCCCGAUUGUAUGUUAUCUAAACAAGAUGAUUCUCUUUUCUCAAUAAAAAGAAAAAACAAGACACUUCCCUGAAAAAUAUAGUCUUACACCUUGGAGUUUACAUCUGUUGUGGUAGUAAGAUUCAUCUAGAGUCUUACACCUUGCAGC